UGUAAUCAAUACUACUAAGCAUCGUUAAUGAAUGAUCAGGCUGCAGCUUUUUUUUUGUUCUUGUUCUAAAUAAGCUGCCUUUUCCUUAAUAGUAACAAAAUAAGAAAAGAGUCUUGAGAAUGAAUAGGGUUAUUGUUACAUUUUGUUGCCAUGAGCCAAAUGGAACAGAUCGUCAAGAAAAUUGGAAAACUAAGAGAACUUUUUACAAAGCAUUCAGUAGCUGAAAGACAAACGCGUACAAAACGACUUCCAAAAUCCAUUGUGGAAAAUGGACCAUAAGAAAAUUCCUGUAAAUUUAAUUUGUGAUGAAAAAAUCUAGGAUCAGAAAGGAGGACUUGGUCAGUGAUAAAUGUUUUCGACUAUUGAUGGAACUACGGGUCAAGUACAAAUUAUUCAACUAGGUAUGGAACUUAGGACAAAGACAUGGGAAGUAACUAAGCACCCAGUUGCACCAAGUCAUCCUUCUCUAGUCAAGGGAAUCACUAUAUAUUGAUCUAAGUAGAACUAGAAUACCAAGAUAUUUUUUGCAACACAAUGGAUGCAACUAUCAUCAUUUUACUGUAUUGCUCCACUUUAUCAUCAACCUUCGUAAACUCUGUAGCAGUAGACAGCAUCAGAGCACACCAAAGCUUUAGGGAUGGUGAUACCAUCACAUCUGCGGGUGGAGAAUUUGAAUUUGGAUUUUUCAGCCCUGGCAGUUCCGCAAGUCGAUAUUUGGGUAUCUGGUACAAGAGAAUAUCCAACGGGACGGUUGUAUGGGUUGCUAACAGAAAUGCUCCUAUUAAUAAUACCUUAGGCCAGGUACGGGUGAAUGGCCAAGGAAUAACAUUGGAAACGGAUGAUAGAAUGAUAUGGUCUACAAAUACUUCUUUAUUUUUGAAGAAUCCUGUUGCACAGCUAUUAGAUUCAGGGAAUCUGGUGUUAAGGAAUGAAGAUCGUGAUGUCAAAACCAGAGAAGAUAUGAUUUGGCAGAGUUUUGAUUACCCGGGAGAUACUUUCCUACCAGGCAUGAAGAUUGGAAUAGAUUUGGUUACGGGGCUUGAUAGUUACUACACGGCAUGGAAAAGUGUUGAUGAUCCUUCGACAGGAAUUUUCAGUGGCGGAAUUGAUAUUAAUGGUUUUCCGCAAUUCUUCAAGUCAAAAGGUUCUGUCGAAUGGACAAGGACUGGACCAUGGAAUGGCCUCCAGUUCAGUGGUUCUCCGAAGACCAAUCCAAAUGGAAUGUUUACUGAGAAAUUUGUUUUCAAUGAGAAGGAGAUCUGUUACCGGUUGUAUCCCAUCAACAGAACCUCUACUGAUAUAAGACUGACGUUGACCCCAAAUGGAGAAAUAAAGCAUCUUGUAUGGAAUUAUCAAAAUCAAAUUUGGAUGAUUAUUAUUAAUGAGAUUAUGGGUGACUGUGAUCUUUAUGGAUUGUGUGGUGCUUAUGGAAUUUGUCACAUUAACAGCUCUCCAAGAUGCGGAUGUUUGAGAGGAUUCGUUCCCAAAUUCCCAGAGAAAUCAAAAGCAGUAGAUUGGUCUAGUGGAUGUGUUCGUAAAGCAAAGUUAGACUGCAAUACUGAAGCAGGUUUUAUGAAAUAUUCAGGUGUGAAGUUGCCAGACACACGGCAUUCAUGGUAUGACCUGAAAAUUAACCUUGAACAAUGUGAAACAUUGUGUCUGAAGAACUGUAAUUGCACAGCAUAUGCAGACGCGGAUAUUAGAAGUGGUGGAAGUGGAUGCAUCUUGUGGUUCAAUGAUCUAACUGAUAUGGUAAGCACAGCUGAUGGACAGGAUAUUUAUAUAAGGAUGCCAGCAUCUGAAUUAGAUAACGAGAGAUCCAGAGCAAAAAGGCAUCUACAGAUCAUAUUGAUUGUCCUGGUAGUACUAGUAGUGGUAGCACUCGCUCUUGUGUGCCUCUUUGUAUUAAGUAAGCGAAAGCUGAAGGGAAAAGGAAACUUGAAAUUCAAUCCAGAAGGUGUUGCCUUGAACAAAAUUGAGAGUGAAGAUUGGGAGCUACCAUCAGUGGACUUCAAAACACUUGUGAAAGCCACGAACAACUUCUCACAGGACAAUAAGCUUGGACAGGGCGGGUUUGGACCUGUCUACAAGGGCAUGUUAAAUGAUGGACAGGAGGUAGCUGUAAAAAGACUAUCAAAGAGUUCCGGUCAGGGACUGGAUGAGUUCAUAAAUGAAGUUUCUUGUAUCGCAAAGCUUCAACACAGAAAUCUUGUGACGCUUCUUGGAUGCUGCACAGAGAAAGGAGAACGAAUAUUGAUAUACGAAUAUAUGGCGAAUAAAAGUUUAGAUUCGUUCAUUUUUGAUGAAGAUAUAAGCAACUCAAUGGACUGGCAGGAAAGAUACAAAAUCAUAAAUGGCAUUGCAAGGGGACUUCUAUAUCUGCAUCAAGAUUCAAAGCUAAGAAUCAUUCAUAGAGAUCUUAAAGCUAGUAAUAUUUUACUUGACCAUGAGAUGAAUCCAAAGAUUUCAGAUUUUGGCAUGGCUAGAUGUUUUAAAGGAAGUCAGACAGAAGCAAAUACAUCAAGAAUUGUUGGUACCUAUGGUUAUAUGUCCCCUGAGUAUGCCAUUGACGGACACUUCUCUGCCAAAUCCGAUGUAUACAGCUUUGGUGUUCUGCUCAUAGAGAUAGUGAGUGGAAACAAAAACAGAUUAUAUAGUCAUCCUGAUCACAGUUUAAACCUACUUGGGCAUGCAUGGAAGAGUUACAAUGAAGACAAGCUUUUAGGACUAGUAGAUGAGGUAAUCUUGGAGUCCAGUAACCAGUUGGAAGUGUUUCGAGUUAUCCAAAUCGGGCUACUAUGCGUUCAAGAAGAUCCCAUAGACAGGCCAGGUAUGUCCCAGGUGGUAUUAAUGCUGAGCAGUAACAUGAAACUGCCUCAUCCUAAAAAACCAGGUUUCUUCAUGGAGAGAAUUUUGCGAGACAAGGAGCCAUUAUUGAAGAACCAGAAAUUUUCCUCAGGCAACGAGUUAACUUUUAGCUCUGUCCACCCUCGAUCUCUGAGCAGCGCAAUGGCCAUAAGCACCCUCAUUCUGUUAUGCUCCAUUUUAUCACCUAACUUAAUGAAGUCCAUGGCACAUCAGAUCAUUCGAGAUGGCGAAACUAUCACAUCAGCCGGUGAGGAGUUUCAACUCGGUUUUUUUAGCCCCAGCGGCUCUACUAAACGCUAUCUGGGUAUCUGGUACAAGAAAAUAUCUAAUGGGACGGUUAUAUGGGUCGCGAAUCGAGAUGCUCCUGUUAUGAAUACCUCAGGCAUCCUGAGGGUCAGUGACCAAGGCCUUUCACUGCAAACAGGUAAUGAAAUUAUAUGGUCAGCAAAAACUUCAAUAUUAAUGAAGAAUCCUGUGGCACGUUUAUUAGGUUCGGGGAAUUUGGUUGUAAGGGAUGAUGAUCAUCAUAUGAACAACACAGAAGAUUUUGUCUGGCAGAGUUUUGAUUAUCCUGCGGAUAAUUUGCUGCCUGGCAUGAAGAUGGGAAUAGACUUGGUCACCGGCCUAGAGAGGUACCUCACGUCGUGGAAAAGUGCUAAUGACCCUUCCACAGGGAGUUUUACUGACCGGCUUGAUCCUCAUGGUUUUCCACAGUUCUUUCGGUUCAAAGAUUCUGCCAAAUGGUCGCGGACUGGACCAUGGAAUGGUUGGCAGUUCAGUGGCGCUCCCAAGAGUAAUCAAAGUGGAUUGUACACGGAAAAAUUUGUUUUCAAUGAGAAAGAAAUUUAUUAUAAGUUGGAUUCUGUCAGAGGAACUUCUGCUGAUGUACGGUUUCACUUGACUCCAAAUGGAGAUAUAAAGUUUCUUUUUUGGAACUAUCAAGAACAAUUUUGGAAACCAUAUGUUACCUUCAGCCUCUCUAACUGUGAGCAAUAUAAGUUGUGUGGUGCUAAUGGUCUGUGUAAAAUUUCCAACUCACCAAGAUGCGAAUGUCUGACUGGUUUUAUUCCCAAAUUCCCCGAGAAGUGGAAAGAAGGAGAUUGGUCUGGUGGAUGUGUUCGUAAAAAAAAACUAGAUUGUGGAACUAAAGCAGGUUUCUUGAAAAAUACACGUGUUAAGUUGCCAGACACAAGGUAUUCAUGGUAUGACUUGCGAAUGACCCUUGAACAAUGUCGGAGGCUGUGUCUUAAGAACUGCUCUUGUAUAGCUUAUACCAACGCAGAUAUCAGAAGCGGUGGAAGUGGAUGCCUUUUAUGGUUUAAUGAGCUAAGUGAUUCGAGAGGUUACACUGAAGAGGGGGAAGAUAUAUACGUAAAGAUGGCAUCAUCUGAAUUAGUGAAGAGUCUAAGAUCCAGAGUUAAGCGGCUUAUGUGGAUCAUUUUGAUUCCCGCAGUAAUUGCUCUAACAUCCUUGUAUAUGUUAUUGUUAUGGAAGAGAAAGCAGAACAUAAAAGAAAACAUGAAGCUAAGUUCAGAAAGUGUUGCCUUGACGGAACUUGAGAGUGAAGAUAGGGAGUUGCCUUCGGUGGACUUCAAAAGAAUUGCAAAUGCCACAGAUAACUUCUCCCGGAAAAACAAGCUUGGGGAGGGCGGCUUUGGACCUGUGUACAAGGGCAUAUGGAAUGGGGGACAUGAGAUAGCUGUGAAAAGGCUUUCGAAGCAUUCUGGUCAGGGACAGGAUGAGUUUAUAAAUGAAGUUUCCUGUAUCGGAAAACUUCAGCACAGAAAUCUUGUGACACUUCUUGGUUGCUGCACCGAGAAAGGAGAAAGAAUUUUGAUAUACGAAUAUAUGGCAAAUAAAAGUUUAGAUUCAUUCAUUUUCGAUAAUGAAGGAAGAAACUCAAUGGAUUGGCUUCAACGAUCCAACAUAAUAAAUGGCAUUGCCCGAGGACUUCUCUAUCUUCAUCAAGAUUCAAAGCUGAGAAUCAUUCAUAGGGAUCUAAAAGCGAGUAAUAUUUUACUUGAUCAUGAGAUGAAUCCAAAGAUUUCAGACUUUGGCAUGGCCAGAUGUUUUAGAGGAAGUCAAACUGAAGGAUAUACAUCAAGGAUUGUCGGGACAUAUGGUUACAUGUCCCCUGAGUAUGCAAGCGAUGGACAGUUCUCUGUUAAAUCCGAUGUAUAUAGCUUUGGUGUUAUACUCAUGGAGAUAGUGAGCGGAAAGAAAAAUAGAUUAUUCGAUCAUGCUGAUCAAAGCUUAAAUCUACUUGGACAUGCAUGGAGGAGUUAUAAUGAAGACAAGCUUUUGGGACUCAUUGAUGAGGUGUUAUUGGACUCCAGUAACCAGAUGGAAUUGUUUCGAGUUAUACAGAUUGGAUUACUGUGUGUUCAAGAAGAUCCAAAUGAUAGGCCAUUUAUGUCCGAGGUGUUACUGAUGUUGAGUAGUAAGAUGCAACUACCUCGUCCCAAGAAACCUGGUUUCUUCAUGGAGAGAACGUUCCAGGACACGGAUCACUUGUUAGAUGAUUUUAAGUUUUCAUCAUGCAAUAGGUCGGCUAUUACCUCUCUUCUACCUCGACAAUAGUGUUAAGUCUUCUAGGAACCUCUAUUACAAUUUUUAAGUUUUUGUAAUAUAAAACUCCAUGAUAUGGAUUGAAUGUUGUCACAACUGCAGAGAGAAUGAGCAUGAAAGCCUUGUUGAUUUUUCCUUCUUCCUCAUUUUUCCUACAAUCUUCAUCAUA